AUGGCCCGUGAGGACGAUGAGCAGAGGAAUUGUGUGGUGUGCAGGAACUGAGCCACAGGCUAUCAUUUCCAGGCCCUGACUUUUGAGGACUGCAAGGGUUUCUUCAGGCGAACAGUCAGCAAAAGCACCAGUCUCACGUGCCCCUUUGCUGGAAGCUGGAAGGUCAACAGCCCAGCCUGCAGGUUGCAGAAGUGCCUAGAUGCUGGCAUGAAGGACAGUAUGAUCCCAUCGGCAGAAGCCCGGGCGUUGCGGUAAGCAAGACAGGCCCAGCGGCGGGCACAGCAAGCAUCGAUGCCUGAGGAGAAAGAGCUAGUCCAGACACUGCUGGGGGCCCAAACUCCCCUCAUGUUUGACCAGUUUGUGCAGUUCAGGCCUGCAGCUCGUCUGUUCACCCAUCACCUGAUAUCCACCCAGUUCCCUGUACUGCCUCUGCUCACGCAUUUCGCUGACAUCAACACUUUCAUGGUACAGCAAAUCAUCAGGCUCACCAAGGAUCUGCCCCUUUCGGUAUCGGGUUUCUUGCUCUGGCCCAUGGAGGACCAGAUCUCCCUUCUCAAGGAAGCAGCUGUAGAAUGUCACAUUGCACUCAAUGCCACUUUCUGUCUCCAAACACAAAACUUCCUCUGUGGGCCUCUUCGCUACACAGUAGAAGAUGGAAUGCAUGACCGGCCUGGGAUAACCCAGAGAGAGGGGACUGAUCAGUUGCAAGAGGAGAUAGCACUGACUCUGCAGAGCUAUAUCAAAGGCCAGCGGCAAAAUCCCCGGGACCGGCUUCUAUAUGCGAAGCUGCUGGGCCGGUUGGCUGAUCUCCGAAGCAUUAACAAUGCAUGUUGGUACCAAAUCGAGAACAUCCAGGGACUGUCCACCAUGGUGCCACUGCUCCAGGAGACCUGCAGCUGA